UUGUUAUCCAGAUGGUAUUUCCUGUUACUUAGCUCUAUAGUUUUCUGUAUAGUAAUUAGUAUGCAGAAAGCUGAAGAGAUGCCUGUAGUUCCAAAAUGAACUCUCUGUAGCUCUCUCCCUCCCACUUCCACUCUCCUUUUGGUACCGCCCCUUCCAUGCACCCUUUAGCCAGCAGCAAGACAGCUGUGUUUGAUCAUAAACCACUUAAACUCCAGGCUCACUGGCAGGGGAAACUUUAGCGUGAAGUGCAACACUGGUUUCUCUCGGUGAGGGGAGCUUUCUUCUCUUUUCCUUUCUCCCUCUGUGAACACUGAAGACAGUAGCAGCGCUCCCUUCUUUUUAAUUUCUCUGUGGACUUGUGUGAAGCUCAUCAAAUUUUUCUGAGUAUGUUCAACGGCAUUGGGAGAUGCCCUUCAACAGAGUUGUGGAAAAGAGCAGAAUAAAACAGACAGCAGAGAUGAAGCACGCCUUGGAGAUGGACUGAGACAGCCCUGAGGUCCUGGUAAGCAGUUUCUUCUCUGAAUUCUCUGAGCACUCCACAGUAUUAACAAGUCUCUCACAGCAAUGGAUUGUCUGUGAAGUCAAAACCAGUUUGGCUCUUUUAGAAAAUCUUGCAUCAUUAACUUAAACUCUCAGUGUGGAGUAAAAAUGGCUGUCUAGAGCAAAAUGUGCCAGAUGGAAAAAUUUUGGAGGAGAAAGUAUUGAACCAGUUGAACAAAGCUUUGAAGCAUUGAAAUCUGCAGAAAUCGUCAAGCCCUGAGAAGUCUAAUCAUGAAUUCUGGAGUUGCUAUGAAAUAUGGAAAUGACUCCCCUGCAGAGCUGAGUGAGCUUCAUUUAGCAGCCCUGGCUUCAUUAAAGGGAGACAUAGUGGAGCUUAAUAAAUGUCUACAACAAACAGAAAAGGAACGUGACCUGUUGGAAAAGAAACUGGCUAAAGCACAGUGUGAGCAAUCCCACCUGAUGAGAGAGCAUGAAGACGUGCAGGAGCGAACAACGCUGCGCUACGAGGAACGCAUCACAGAGCUGCACAGUAUCAUUGCUGAACUGAACAAGAAAAUCGAUCGACUACAGGGAACAACAAUAAGGGAGGAGGAUGAGUACUCAGAGCUGCGGUCGGAGCUCAGCCAGAGCCAGCAGGAGGUUAACGAGGACUCGCGCAGCGCGGACCAGAAUUCCGUUUCGGUACCAGAGAAUCAGUCCACCGUGGUCACUGCAGAUAUGGAUAACUGUAGUGACUUGAAUUCAGAACUGCAAAGAGUGCUGACAGGUCUGGAAAAUGUUGUCUGUGGACGGAAGAAAAGCAGCUGCAGUUUGUCAGUAGCAGAAGUGGACAGGCACAUUGAACAGCUCACUACUGCCAGCGAACACUGUGAUUUAGCCAUUAAGACUGUAGAAGAGAUUGAGGGCGUACUGGGACGUGACCUUUACCCAAACCUGUCAGAGGAGAGGUCUCGAUGGGAGAAGGAGCUCGCUGGCCUACGAGAAGAGAAUGAAAGCCUCACGGCCAUGCUGUGCAACAAAGAAGAGGAACUCAACAGGACCAAGGCCACCAUGAACGCUGUCCGUGAGGAGAGGGACAGGCUGCGCAGAAGGGUUCGAGAGCUUCAGACACGUUUGCAGAGCGUGCAGGCAACGGGCCCAUCCAGCCCCAGCCGUCUCACUUCUGCCAAUCGACCCAUCAACCCCAGCACGGGAGAGCUGAGCACCAGCAGCAGCAGCAACGACAUUCCCAUUGCCAAGAUUGCUGAAAGAGUGAAGUUGUCAAAGACAAGAUCAGAGUCUUCAUCAUCUGAUAGACCUGUCUUAGGAUCAGAAAUCAGCAGCAUAGGGGUGUCUAGUACUGUGGCUGAACAUUUGGCACAUUCCCUCCAAGACUGCUCAAACAUCCAGGAAAUCUUCCAGACUCUCUAUUCACAUGGAUCUGCUAUCUCUGAAAGUAAAAUUCGAGAAUUUGAAGUGGAGACAGAGAGAUUAAAUAGCCGUAUUGAACACCUGAAAUCCCAGAAUGACUUACUGACAAUAACACUGGAAGAGUGCAAGAGCAAUGCUGAGAGGAUGAGCAUGCUUGUUGGGAAGUAUGAGUCCAACGCCACGGCCCUCAGGCUGGCAUUGCAGUACAGUGAACAAUGCAUAGAAGCGUAUGAACUGCUGUUGGCAUUGGCAGAAAGUGAGCAGAGUCUUAUUCUUGGGCAGUUCAGAGCUGCAGGUGUUGGUUCUGUUGGAGACCAGACAGGUGAUGAAAACAUCACACAGAUGCUUAAGAGAGCUCAUGACUGCAGGAAGACAGCUGAGAAUGCAGCAAAAGCCUUGCUAAUGAAACUAGAUGGGAGCUGCGGGGGAGCCUAUGCAGUCACUGGCUGCAGUGUGCAGCCCUGGGAAAGCCUCUCAUCCAACAGCCACACAAGUACCACCAGCUCAACUGCAAGCAGCUGUGAUACGGAAUUUACAAAGGAGGAUGAGCAGCGGCUGAAGGAUUACAUCCAGCAGUUGAAAAAUGACAGGGCAGCAGUGAAACUGACAAUGCUGGAGCUGGAAAGCAUCCACAUUGAUCCCCUUAGUUAUGACGUUAAGCCACGCGGAGACAGCCAGAGGCUAGACCUGGAAAAUGCAGUCCUAAUGCAGGAACUUAUGGCAAUGAAGGAGGAGAUGGCAGAGCUCAAGGCACAGCUUUACCUGCUAGAGAAGGAGAAGAAGGCAUUGGAAUUGAAACUGAGCACUCGAGAGGCCCAGGAGCAGGCCUACCUUGUCCACAUUGAGCACUUGAAAUCUGAAGUGGAAGAACAAAAAGAGCAGAGAAUGAGGUCUCUCAGCUCAACCAGCAGUGGAAGCAAAGACAAACUGGGCAAGGAAUGCAGUGAUGGCACCGCAGCACCAUUAACUCUUGCUGAGCUGAGACCAUACACCGAGAGUGAACUGACUGCUGAGCUGACAAACGCACUCAGGAGGGAGAAGAAACUGAAGGCUAGAGUGCAGGAGUUAGUGAGUGCUUUGGAGAGGCUCACGAAGAGCAGUGAGAUCAGACAUCAGCAGUCAGCAGAAUUUGUUAAUGACCUUAAAAGGGCAAACAGCAACUUGGUAGCAGCUUAUGAAAAAGCAAAGAAAAAGCAUCAAAACAAGCUGAAGAAACUGGAAUCACAAAUGAUGGCCAUGGUGGAGAGACAUGAAACACAAGUGAGGAUGCUCAAACAAAGAAUAGCUUUACUGGAAGAAGAGAACUCCAGACCACACACCAAUGAAACUUCACUUUAAAUGCAUCUCUUUAAAGGAUGCUUAGUGCCAUUACAACUUUCUUUUGGAGGCUGCCUUUUAGGGAGCUUCAAACGCUAAAAGCUCUGACUGUCAAUGCUGACACACUUAAAGCACCUUCUCUGGGAUCCCAGAGAGGUGUCAUGGGGAUAAUAAAAAUGUUAACCUUAAGAACUGUUUCAUAAUGUAAAAUGGCAGUGCCUGAAUUAUCAUGCUAUAAUUAUGUACAUUGUCUGUGUCGUUAUGUCUAUAUUCAUACAGCUUCUCUUCCAUUUUAUAUACGUCCCAUGGGUGACAGUGUCACAUAGCAAAAUAAUUAAUUUUAAGAGGUUUUCAUUUCAGUCAUUUGGAGAUCAUUUGAGAGUUUUCCCAAUCCCUGAGCUCCCUCUGCACACAAGUCCAUAUUGUGCCCUCAAGAAAGACUUGCUGUUGUGGUUAAACCAACCAAAUGGGCAGCUGCAGAGAGGGGAGAUGACAGGCUGCCUUGCUUUUUUGCACCCUAUUUGCAAUACUGCUGCUCACAGUGCAGAUCAGGUGGGAAAAUUCCUGUUGAUUUGGAAAAAAACCCAAGAAACUCUCAGAGUUGCAUCUCUGAGAACCAUGAUGAUGGUGUAUUUCUUACAGUUUGUAAGAGGGCUAAAGGCUGUGAGUUUCACCACACCACGUAGAUGGUCUGAGCCAAGGGUGGGUAAGAAAUGAUAGGAGACCUUCUGGUAUUUAUAUUACAUGGUGUUUGCAAUUACUUUGUAGAAGAGUUGCUUUUCUUGCUAACACAUUAUAGCCAAGGUUUUCUCUAAGAAGCUGGGCCAUUUUUGUCACAUGUAUAGUACUUAUUACAGCUUACUGUGAUCAAGAGGUAGAACGUCUUUUUUUAAUACUUUUUUUUGACCCAAAAAGGUACUUAUUAGGAACGUACCUGUUUAAUAUCGAAUACGUAGGCAAAAAACUAUAAAUGUGUAGAUGUAUGGAUAUCCUGUCACAAACAGAAUGUGAAUGGUAAAGUCUUCUUAUAGCUUCUUAGGUUAGUUUUUGUUACUGCUAACAUUUUUCUUCUUUCGUUUAAGUCACAUCAUAUUGCUGUAUUAUCAAACUGACUGAAUGGCAAAUGUUGCCCUAUUAUAUUAAUGAUCAGCGCUGAUGGUCAAACGCUUCUGACAGAUAAAACCUCCAUUCUGAAUCGACAGUCUGAACACUUUCAGACUCUUUUCAGUACCAACCGUGUAGUCCAAGACUCAGCAAUUCAGCAAUUCAGUCCAUCACACAACAACCACUAAAGUAUGAAUUGGAUAUUGCCCCCACUUUAGGAGAAACCCUCAAGGCCAUACAGCAGGUGAAAAUCGGCAAGGCAGCUGGGAUUGAUGGAAUUCCACCUGAAGUCCGGAAACAUGGGGGCCUUGCACUCCACACCACAAAUUUCACGAGUUUGUGGUGCGCUGUUGGGAACUCGGCGAACUACCAUCAGACCUUCGUGAUGCAGUCAUCAUCACUUUGUAUAAGAAGAAAGGAAUUAAAUCUGACUGCUCAAACUACCGUGGUAUUACUCUGCUCUCCAUUGCUGGCAAAAUCCUGGCAAGAAUACUCUUGAACAGACUAAUACCCGCUAUAGCAGAAGGUAUCCUACCUGAAAGUCAGUGUGGUUUCAGAGCCAACAGGAGCACCACAGACAUGGUAUUUGUUCUCAGACAACUGCAAGAGAAGUGUAGGGAACAGAACAAAGGUCUUAAUGUAACCUUUGUUGACCUCACCAAGGCUUUUGAUACUGUGAGCAGAAAAGGUCUGUGGCAGAUUUUGGAACGUUUAGGUUGUCCCCCCAAGUUCCUUAAAAUGAUCAUCUCACUCCAUGAGGAUCAACACGGUCAAGUCAGAUAUGGCAAUGCACUUUCUGAGCCCUUUCUAAUUAAGAAUGGUGUGAAACAAGGCUGCGUUCUCGCUCCUACCCUAUUCACAGUCUUCUUUAGGCAUGAUGCUCCAAAGGGCCACGGCAGAUCUCGAUGAUCAGGACGGUAUCUACAUUCGAUACCGUACUGAUGGAAGCCUAUUCAACCUAAGGCAUCUGAAGGCCCACACUAAGACCUUAAACCAUCUUGUCCGGGAGCUGCUUUAUGCUGAUGACGCCGCCCUUGUCGCCCACACAGAAGCAGCUCUGCAGCGUUUAACAUCCUGCUUUGCUAAUGCUGCUGAGCUCUUUGGUCUGGAAGUCAGCUUAAAGAAGACAGAGGUUCUCCAUCAACCUGCACCUCAGGAAGUCCCCCAUCAUCCCCACAUCACCAUUGGCCAAUCAGAGCUCAAAUCAGUCCAACAGUUUAAUUACCUCGGUAGCCUCAUCUCCUCGGACGGUAAGAUUGACAGAGAGAUCGACAACAGGUUAGCAAAGGCAUAUAGUGCUUUUGGAAAACUCCAUAAAAGAGUAUGGCGUAAUAAACACUUGAAGAAAAGCACCAAGAUCAGUGUUUACAAAACCAUAGUGUUGUCUACUCUCUUAUAUGGUUCCGAAUCAUGGGUGGUCUACCGCCACCACCUGCGUCUCCUAGAACGCUUCCAUCAACGCUGUCUCCGCACAAUCCUAAACAUCCACUGGUCAGAUUUUGUGACCAAUACAUCUGUUCUAGAACAAGCAGCAGUCACAAGUAUAGAGGCCAUGUUGAUGACAACACAGCUGCGAUGGGCAGGGCACGUCUCCAGGAUGAAGGACCACUGCCUUCCUAAGAUCUUGCUUUAUGGUGAACUUGCCACUGGCUGCCGCAACAGAGGAGCCCCGAAGAAAAGAUACAAGGACUCCCUGAAACAACAUCUCAGCCUUGGCCGUAUUGAUCAACAUAACUGGUCUACUCUGGCCUCCAAUCGGGAGGCCUGGAGACACACCACCUAUAACACAGCUGUCUCCUUUGAGAACACAUGCAGGAUCACUCUCGAGGAGAAAAGGCAACGCAGAAAGAACCGUGUUCUGCAGAAGAUACCAUCUAAGGAGUCUUUCUACUGUGCCUUUUGCAGUCGGAUAUGUCUGUCUCGUAUUGGCCUCAUAAGUCACCAACGUGCAUGCAACAUAUGUGGAUAGAGACUUCCCAAAUCUUCGUUUGCGAAGCCCAGCCAAGCGCGCAUAUUAAUGAACAUUAAGCAAAUCAUGGGGAUAAGGUUGAUUUCUGUUGGGGUCAAAAUACAGGAGUCUACCAUAGCACCUGUUAUGUUCAGAUUCUUCUUCUUUUUGACAGAGUACGUAAAAGAGCUUCCAUGUGUGUUUUAACAUGGCAAACUAGAGUCAAUUCACUGUGCUAGCCUGCUACUAUGUUACACCUCUGCUUUGCUUUUUUCAGGCUUAUUUCCUAGGGAAUCUGAUUUCAGGAGUCAUUCAUCCUUUUUGCUUCACAUGUUGAGUGAGUUGCAUCUCCAGUUUUACCAGUGUAUUUAGAAUUAUGAUAACUUCUCUCACUUAUUCCUCCCAUUUCUGGUACUAAGGAAAUAUUUUUAGACGACUUUAACUGUUUUUGUCUACUGUUGGGUUAGGCCAGGCAGCCAAAAUAUGGGAAUUUGUGUUCAGAGUAUGGCAUUAUUGUUACACCUUGGUUGCAUCUGAAACUGUAGCAGUUGGUGUUCAUCUCUUUCUACUGUAGCUGCUGUUGUCUUCUUCCCUUAGAGUAGUCAUUCCUACUUCCCUAGAGCCUGAUACUUCAUCUACAAAGCCAGCAUGACUGAUUGCAACAGCAAGUUAAAACAAUGCUGAUUUCAACAUUUUUAGUUAGUAACAUCCUGGAAUUGGUUUUGAUCAGUCCUCUUUCUCAAGCUAAUUGCACUUAAUUUACAAUGUGAAUGGAAAUUUUUGCAAACCAGUCUGUUGAGGGAGGAGACACAUUGAUUUCUGCUGCCUUUAUGGUGUUGCUUGGCAGCUUUCUGUGGCAUUUCCCUUUUUUGGCUAAGUUUCUCACCAACAGGAAUGUGGGGUUUUGCCAUAAUCUUCAGUUGUAGCUGAGCACACUUGUUUCGCAAGAAACACAAAGGAAAAUAUCCACUAUGUACUGUGGUAAAAAUGCAGUUACACUUUUGUCUUCUGGCAUCUGAAACACCCAUCUGAUUUGAGGUAAUCUCAAAAUGUCCAUGUGAAAUACCUUUCAAUGAAGAGGACUAGAAACAACUACUGCACUGGAUUGCCUCUUAGGCUCUUUUUUUUUUUUUCUAUUUAGAAUAACAGAAUCACACAAUGAUUUGGAAGGGACCUUAAAAGAUCAUCUUGUUCCAACUCCCCUGCUGUGGGCAGGGACAUGUCCCUCUACACCAGGUUGCUUCAACCUGGCCUUGAACACUUCCAUGGAUGGAGCAUCCGCAGCUUCUCUGGGCAGCCUGUUCCAGUGCCUCACCACCUUCACAGUAAAGAAUUUAUUCCCUAAAAAAAUUUCUUAGUACCACUUGAAUUUAAAUCUGUCUUUAAAUUAUAGGUACAAAUUAAGAAAGCAUAAAACCACAGCAACACAGAAUGGUUGGAAGGGACCACUGGUGGGGUCAUCUGGUCCAACCUCCCUGCUCAAGCUGGGUUUCCUGGAGCAGGUUACUCAGCAUUGCAUCCAGAUGGUUCUGGAACAUCUCCACUGAGGGAGACUCCACAAGCUCUCUGGUCAACCUGUUCCAGUGCUCAGUAACCUGCUCAGGAAAGAAUUUGUUCCUCAUAUUGACGAUCAGUUUCUGCCUGUUGCCUCUUGUCCCCUUGCUAGGCGCCCCGAGCAAAGCCUGGUUCAUCCUCUGAUCCAUCCCUGCAGACACUGACAGACAUUGAUGAGGUCCCCUCUCAGUCCUGUCCUCUCAGGGCUGAACAGGCACCUGGGUUUAGAGGCAUAAAAAACUGCAAUUGUCCUCAGUGCUUUUCAAGCCUCAAGACUUGCUGAUGUUGUUUCACUGCAUUUACUGUGUAUCUUUCCUGCCAACUGUGCUCUGAAAGUGCUUUAGAAUUAAUUAUAAAUCAUCAGUAAAUGUAAGCCAUUUUCUUCCCAGAGGGUUUGUAGAUGAAAAAGAAACACUGAUAUCACACAGCCUCAGCAGCAGCGAGUUUGCCAGACCACCAGUUUAGUUUGCCCAAGCAAGUAGCUACUGGUUGAAUUGUUGGCAUGCUGGAAAAGAUCAAUAGAGAAGUGGUAAAAGGUUUAGUGCUAGUGUGAAAACUCUUCAAUAUUAAUAAUUAGCUGUAGUUCCAGUGUAGCCAUUACAAUGGCACCAACCCUGAGAAUAAAAGCCAAAAAACUUAACAACUCUGUUCAUGCAACUCUGAAAUACCAGCACAUAUGAGAUAUAAGAGUGUGCCCUGAGUCACAGCAACUAAACUCUUCUAACAUUUGCUGCAGAAAUAAUACAUUGGAAAAACAAGAAAUAUAGGUGGUUCUUGCCAACAAAACCUAAGUCCACUCAUGACUUUUUGAUUUUUUAAGUCAUCAGAGUGCAUGAAACUUUGUAUUUCACAGUGUGUUCAGAAGAAAAAAAAUUACUUUUUUUUUCUAAUUAUAUGUAUAAAUCUUCACCAGCUUGAAUGUACUGUUAGCUAUUGCAAAGCACAUGUGACUAAGUUUGCAUUCAUGUCAGUAUUGUUCUACUGGUUUUAUUAGGAUUUUCUCCUCCUUUAAUACUGCACCAUACAUUUUAACUUUAUAAAUUUUUCACCAUACUGAAUUAGCUUUAAAUGUGUUGCUACUUUUCAGUUUCCUAGCAGCUGUAAAAUAGCUAUUUUGUGUUUAUUUGAUAUAGAAUUGUAAAAAUUGCAUUUAUUUAUACAGAGGCAUUUAUAAUACUUAUUUUACAAAUGUUCUUAUAUUCUGAAUAAAUUUCUAAUGCUGUUUCUUUGCCUUU